GGCGCCUACGGGUGCGGGCAGUCAGGCAGGAUGACGAGGCCGUAGAAAGAGAGGAGUUGGUAGAGGUUAGGUCGGUGGCGCAAAGAAAGAAGAAUGACUGGUGGCCGGCGGUGGUGGACUAGCGCCCGUGAGCUCGAGAGCGGGACGAGUCGGGGGGCGCCGCUGGAUAGAGAGAAAAAGAAGAGGUGAGGAGCGAGAGAGAGAAAGCAGGAGAGGUGGCCGGUAGGUGGGGGAAAAGACGGUGAGAGACCGCGAGCUCCGUGGUGGUGGCGCGCGCGCGGAGAAGCGAGGGGUUCUAGAGCGAGGGAGCGAAACGUCGACGAGAUAGAGGGGAAGGGAAAGACCGUUUCAGUGGGAAGCAGCCGCAGUUCUCGACGAUGGUGGGGAUGAAAAUUAGUUACGGCAUCUACCAAGACCUAAAAGGAACUCCGUGCGCGGCGCGGCCAGGCCACUUCGUGCAAUGUUACGCGUUAAGGUACCCCCGUGCGUCGUUGGCAGUGCCCGGUUUCGAAGCUCAUCGUCGUCAUCGUCGUCGCCGUCGCCGUCGUCGUUCUUGUUCUCGUUCUCGCGUUCGACGUGACGGUUAUCGUCACGCUGCGAAACAGUUCGGUACGUGAAAACGCGCUAUGGCUCAUGGCGUAAGCGAAGUGCUCGGUGAGGGAAGCACGGUGAAAAUGGUGCAUCAGAAGCAGCAACAACAGCAGUCGGUGCAUCAACAUCAGCAGCAACAAAACGCGAAGAAAUCCGUCGGCGUGAUGGGUAGCAGACGCAUAUUCGCGCCGGCCUUCAAGCUCAAGGUUCUCGAUUCGUACAGAAACGACAUCGACUGUCGCGGAAAUCAACGAGCCACGGCGAGGAAGUACGGCAUUCAUCGACGUCAGAUACAAAAGUGGUUACAGUGCGAGGAUAAUUUGAGAAACAGUUGUGCCGAGACUGGAAACGGUGGUGGAGGAGGAGCAGUGACGACGACGGUGAUCUCUCCCGCGGGUGUUUCCAAGCCGGACGGUGCCGUGUCAGAAUCCACCGUGACUCCAGCAGCGCCGGCCUUGAACCUCAGCCUCGCCAGACUGCACGGCGACGAGCUGGCUACGCAGCAAGGGCCCCCACCUCUUCUUUCUCGUCCUCCUCACGGUAGUUCGCCCUCUUCGCCCCAAUACGUUUCUAGAUCCGCCACGGCUUCGGUUUUACCCGGCCGGCAAGGAUACCAGGAAUACUCGAAUCAGGAUCAACGUCGUCACCGUCGCGAAACCGACGACCGGAUACAGGUAACGGACGUUCACGGGUAUCCGGAGGCUCGCGCGAACCAGGAAGCCGGUUACUACGCUCAGAACGCGGACGGUCAACGAGAGCUCGAAAACGCGACAUCGUUCGACGCCCGAACCGAACCGAAGGUGUACCAGACCCUGACCAGUUAUCGGUACAACGAAAACGAGAUCGCCGCGAGAAUUCAUCAACGUCGUUCGCCAACCUCGUCGAAUCACGGUCAUCGAUCGUCGCAAAAUUACGGGGACGCGGAUUCCUCCGUGGGCGGGAAAUCGUCGUACGGUUUGCUGGUAGCGACGUCGAUGAUAAAGACGGAACGCGCGAGCCCAGACUCGGCGGCGACGCCAGGGCCGUGCGAGUCGACGAGUUCUCCCGGCCUCUCCAGGGUCCCACUCUCGCCUCUGUUGCACCAAGCCAGCAACGGUUCCAGCUCCAGUUCCAGCUCCGCGACGUCCGUUCACUUCGAUUCCCCGCGGGCCUCCGCGAGUCCGUGCUCGUUGCACGUGCAAGAGCACGCGCGAGCGCACGCAUACGCGUACGCGUCGCCGACUCCGGAUUCCGAGAAGCCGAUCCCGUCCAUGCAUCGCCAGGAGAGAGAGUCGAAGGGGACGACGAUCGUCCGUAUCGGCGAGAAGGGAACGCAGGACGUCGCGGGGGAGGCAGAAAUCGCCAGGGCGGUGGUCAAGGAAGAGAUCCAGCUGGAGGAAGAGGAGAAUUCCGAGGAGGGAAGAGAAGCCGUUCCCGCGUCCGAGUACGUCGAUUAUCACCGACCACCUGCCGGCUCGUCUCUCGUCGAAUCGCGUCCCGUCAGCCCUCCGGAAGGAUACUCGUUGCCCUCGAGCCCUCGCGGACCGACCAGUUCCGGCAGAUCCAGCACUAGCUGCUCGGACAGCGAGAUGGAUCCUCUCGACUGCUCUUCCGGUAGCCACAAUUCGUCCAACGAUCUAGCGCGUCGACGAUCGUUCUCUCUGCGAUUCAAACUGGACGUCCUCGACGCUUUCCACCGCGACGUCGGCGUGGCGGGCAAUCAACGCGCCACGGCUCGAAAAUUCGGCAUAAAUCGUCGUCAAGUACAGAAAUGGUUGGGCCAGGAGACGGAGCUGAGGGGCGAGAUCGCUCUACGUGGAAACUCGCGGCAACGACUCGGCCCUAUCCAGGAUGCCGCUUCCGGUGACUCACCGGUAGAUCUGAGGACGUCGAACUACGUCUCCAGCUUAUCGCAGGAUCGAAUCGAAGCCGAUUACGAGCGAUCGCCUCCGCCUCUUUACUGUUGCGACAUCGGCUCCUCCUCUUCGCAGCAUCUUCCGUAUUAUCACCAUCCUGCCACGAUAGACCCGUCUUCCGAGACCGAGCUCACCGUUUCUUGCAAUCUCUCUUGCUGCAUGGACAGUCAUGUCGCGACCGCGACUUCGGUCAACUCCUGCUACCAGGAAGUGUCCUUAAGGGGAUCCUGCUACGCGGAAUCUCAGAACGGGCUCUACUGCUACUCGCCCAGAGAGUAUUCGUCCGAGAUCACUUCGAUUCCCGAGCAAUCGGAGGAAUCGUCCUCGCCGCUCAAAAGGCAACGCUGCACCCUCUCGUGUUGCUACGAGGCGCUGUCGCCGCCGAAGAGGCUCUGCCUGGAGGCGGAGGAUUCGACGAGCGCGAAUUCCUGCCAGGAAACGCCUCCCCAAGAAACGCCGCUGUGCCUGGUGAAGCCAAAGAGGCUCGUCGUCGCUUCACCGUUGAGGACGGAACCUGUGACGAGCACGGUGCCGACGCCACCGGCAUCCGCCGCGCCGCACCAACCAGGACCACCGUCCAAGAAGGACGCUAUCUUGUUCAAACCGUAUUUGGACAAUCCUGUGAGCAAACCCGCAAAAGAGCACGCGGUUCACGGGGAAUUGUCGGCCAUCGCCGUUCAGAACGUCAACAACAACAACUGCCAAAGCGUCUGCAAUUUGAACGAAAGUAACAGGGGCCACGAUUAUGCCCUCGAGCUUAGCUUAAGACUGCCGGUAUCCUGGAGGACACACCCGAGUCCGUACACCGAGUUCCCGCAGGUUCUGCAAUCGGGGAACGUCGAAGAAGAGUAGCUGUAAAUGACGGAGCGGUAUGAAUCGCCCGAGGUGACCAUCAUACUGACCAA